AGGAAUAAAUACCCCAGCAAUUCUGAAAGCAAAAAAGAAGCUGCUAUACACACAUACAAAUUGUACAAAUUUAUAAAAUUUGCUCAAAUUUGUUUGUUCCGUUUACAACGUGUCGAUUUUUGCCCGGCAAUCUUAAAAGCUUCGUUUAAAGCAAAUCACCUCUUAAACGUGUUUUACGCGCUUCGCUUUUUGAAAAACCAACAGUAAAACAAAAUGGCUGAUGUGGCUGAGCAAAAAAAUGAGACACCUGUUGUCCAGAAGGUUGCCGCUGAGGAAGUAGAUGCUGUGAAAAAGGAUGCCGUUGCUGCCGAUGAUGCAGCAGCAGCAACACCAGCAGCAGCUGAGAAACCAGCCACAGAGAACGGUGCCGCCGCCGCCGAUGAGGAAGCAAGCAGCAAGAAGGAAAAUGGUGCUGCCGCCGCUGAAGCAGCCGCUGCUGAUAGCGCCCCCGCCGCCGAUGCUGCCGAUGGUGAGAAGGCAAAGGCCGAUGAAUCCAAACCUGCUGCCGAUGAGAAGAAGGAAGAGUCUGCGCCCGCUGCUGAAGAGGCCAAGGCAACCAGCGAAGCAGCUGCUGUUGAGAAUGGAGCUGAAGAGGCAGCCAAUGGUGACUCAACAGAUGCCCCCGCCGCUGAAGCUGUAAAGCGAAAGGUUGAUGAGGCCGCUGCUAAGGCCGAUGAGGCCGUUGCCACACCAGAAAAGAAGGCGAAACUGGAUGAUGCCGCCAGCACAAAGGAUGAAGUUCAAAAUGGUGCUGAGGCUAGCGAAGUGGCUGCCUAAAAGCAUAAGCUUCUCCUCUCACACAAACUUCUACAAAUAAAUAUA